AACUCACUUCACUUAGAUCAUCAUCAAUUUGAUCUUUCACGUACAAGACAUGUAUUCAUUUGCUUCAGUUCUUAUUUUCAUUGUGGUCGUACUGGUUGCCAACAAACCUGCUAGUGGAGGCUUGGAUGGAGCCUUGAAGUUCUUAAAGUCGACAUUAUCUAUUUUUUCAAAGAACCAGGGAACUUGUUCUAAGGACGGAACCGAUAUUGCAUCUCUGAUGUUACAGUCAGUUUACACAACAGCACAAGAAAAAGACUGCAAACUUGCCAAUCCAAACCAUUAUCCACCCAACUAUUCACCAGAAAAUGAAGAAAGCUUUGACUUCAUCAUAGUUGGAGCUGGCUCGGCAGGGGCUGUGAUUGCCAAUCGAUUGACAGAAAAUUCUAAAUGGAAAGUUUUGCUAGUAGAGGCCGGUGGAAAUCCUUCAAGAACUGUUGAAGUCCCCGCUCUGUUUUCUGCUUUACAACUGUCUCCAGAAGAUUGGAAAUAUAAAACCUCCAAUGAAGAGGAUAAUUGUAAAGGUUUCAAAGGCAAUAAUUGUAACUGGCCUCGCGGCAAGGUUUUAGGUGGGUCGAGUUCAAUAAACGCUUUACUUUAUGUCCGAGGAAAUAAUAGAGAUUAUGAUAAAUGGGCUGCCGCUGGAAAUGGUGGCUGGGCCUAUGAAGAUGUGCUACCUUAUUUCAAAAAGUCUGAAGAUCUUCAUGCUCAAGAAGUGCUUGAUACACCUGAUUACAAGAAGUACCACGGCACAGGAGGGCUAUUGGGUGUAGGGUCGUGGAACAAUAGUGAGCUGGACCCGGUCAAAAAUGCAUUUAAAGAUGGAAUGGCUGAGUUGGGAUACGGUUUCAGUCCUGAUCCCAGUGGUAAAUCACAAAUGGGAUAUGCUAUACUCCAAGGAACACUCACAAGAGACGGCAGACGCUCCCAUACUGCUAAAGCUUUCCUUUCUCCUGUUCGGGACCGAACAAAUUUAAAAGUGGCAAAAAAUUCUUUAGUCACUAAAAUAUUAGUUGAUCCAAAAUCAAAGUGUGCUUAUGGGGUGCAAUUCAAAGAUAAAAACGGAAAACAUGUUGAGGUAAAGGCAGAAAAAGAAGUGAUAUUGUCAGCAGGAAGCAUUAAUUCACCACAACUUCUAAUGCUGUCAGGAAUAGGACAAUCAGAACAACUCAAACAACACUCUAUAGACAUAAUACAGGAUCUACCAGGUGUUGGUGAAAAUCUCCAAGAUCAUCAAUUAUUUGUCGGUCUGGUUUUUAGAUAUACAAACUUCUCUAAAAUUGACAAGCCUUUUGUUGAAGACAUGGCUGAAUUCUUAUUUGAGAAUUCUGGGAGGUACAUUAACACCGGGCUUCUUGGAAGUUCUGGUUUUAUCAGCACAGUUAAUGAUACUAAAUACCCAGAUAUACAGAUUCAUCGGUUUGAUUUUGCUCAAAGUAUGUUUGCUCAGCUGGCAAGUAUAUAUUUUGAUUUCAAUUUCAGACCCUUAGUUGCAGCUGAAUACGCGACCCUCAACUUAAACGCAUUUACAAGCAUAGAGAUGUUGACUCUUUUAAAUCCACAAAGUAGGGGGAGAAUUUCUUUGAAAACCGCUAAUCCAGAAGACCACCCAAAAAUACUGUGUGGUUAUUUGACAGGCCAAGAAGAUAUAGAUACUCUUUUGCGGGGUAUUGAUUUUGUAAACAAGCUGGCAAAAACUGAAGGUUUAAAGAGAGUGGGUGCUGAGUUACAUGAGAUUACACCGAUCGCUUGCAAACUUUACACAAAAUACUCGAGAGAACGGAGGAUUUGCAAUCUGAGGCAUUUGACCUCCACUAUCUACCACCCUGUAGGUACAUGCAAGAUGGGUCCGAGAUCUGACCCUAUGGCUGUAGUAGACAAUAGGCUGCGUGUCCACGGCAUCAAGAACCUACGCGUAUGUGAUGCCUCCAUUAUGCCAACCAUCGUAAGUGGAAACACUAAUGCCCCGACCAUCAUGAUUGGAGAAAAGGCAUCAGACAUGAUCAAAGAGGAUUGGUAAAACAUCAUUAUUAUGUGGAAGUUGAGUUAUUUAAAGUUAAUAAACUAUUUAAAAAUA